GCGAAGACCGAACUCAGUGGCUGGCAGCUUGUACGGCGGCUUCUGCGAUAUGUUUGGCCAAAGGGUAAUAGGGCAAUAAAAUCAAGGGUUCUUGUUGCGCUAUGUCUACUACUUGCAAACGUUUCUGUACCAUUUUUAUACCGCGACAUCGUCAACUGUUAUAAUGAGAAAGCACCUACUUUCAUACAACUCACAUUCGACACGGUUCCUAACGCUAUUUUCACGGUUGGAGUAUGUAUAAUUAUUGCGUGUAUGUUUUCCAUUUAUCCAUUCUUUUCCAUGCAAAUUUAUGACAUUUGCCUGAUUAAGAGUGACAUUUUGUCGAGCAGUGAGGCGUUUUCAGAUGGUUUGGCACGAGCAUCUUCUGCGUUGAUGAAUGAGCUGCGGAAUGCCGUUUUUGCAAAAGUCGCACACCAUUCAGUACGAAGCAUUGCGAGAAAUAUAUUCCUUCAUUUACAUUCUCUCGAUCUAUCGUUCCACCUCAACCGACAGACUGGAGCGUUGUCAAAGGCUAUAGAUCGCGGCACAAGAGGAAUGAGCUUUGUUCUCUCAUCUCUGGUGUUCAACAUUGUUCCUACUGCUGUGGAGAUCGGAAUGGUGUCUGCGAUUUUUUGUGGCACACUGGGAUCGGAGUUCGCUUAUAUGACGAUGGGUAGCAUUGGAAUGUAUACGAUCGCAACAUUAGGGAUUACUCGGUGGCGGACAAAAUUUCGCCAUGAAAUGAAUCAAGCUGACAAUGAUGCUGGUAAUAAAGCAGUUGACUCCCUCAUAAACUACGAAACAGUCAAGUACUUCAACAACGAGAAGUUUGAAGCGGAUCGCUACGACUUCUACCUGAAGAAAUUUGAACAUGCGUCCUUGAAAACGACAUCAUCUCUGGCAUUAUUGAAUUUUACACAGAAUGCUAUAUUUUCCGCGGGACUCAUUGGUGUCAUGUAUCUCGCUGCGAAUAAAAUAGCAACAGGUGAAGCGACGGUCGGAGAUUUAGUUCUGUUUAUCCGGGAAGUUCGACAAGGUCUCGUUGACAUGAACGCUAUGUUUUCUCUUCUGAAUCUGAAGUCACAGAUAAAAGAAAAGCCAAACGCAAAACAGCUUGUUGUUCAAGGAAAUGACAUAAGCCAUUCAGAUAAAAGAUGUUCAUUUUGGAUACUUACCGGGAAAACCAAUUCUCAAUGGUCUCACCAUGGAAAUCCCGGCCGGCAAAAAGGUCGCAGUAGUUGGUGGUUCUGGCUCAGGGAUUCCGUAUUGUUCCACGACACGAUUUUCUACAAUCUGGCAUACGGGAAUCCAAACGCCUCUCAAGAAGAUGUUUUCAAAGCUGCUAGGUUGGCAGAUCUUCACCACUCUGUCGAAAGUAUGCCGAAUGGCUAUAACACGAUUGUUGGUGAACGAGGGCUGAAAUUAUCCGGUGGCGAAAAACAACGAGUAGCGAUUGCAAGAGCGAUUUUAAAGGCUACGUCGUCACUGGACGCCAUUACAGAGGCGAACAUCAUGCGAUCGUUAAAAGAUGCGGUUCAAAAAAGAACCUCUCUCUUCAUUGCUCAUCGAUUAGCUACGAUAUUUGAUGCCGAUAUAAUAUACGUCUUAGACCAAGGGCAAGUGAAGGAGUUCGGCUCCCAUGACGAACUCAUGCGACGCGGCGGAUUGUAUGCUCAACUCUGGAAUAGUCAACAUCGAUUAGGAAUACCUGUACCGCCAAAGGAGCCACAGAAGCACGACCACUUGGAAACAUUG